AUGCUUCUUGCACUUGCUGCUUGUCAUGGUUGGCAUCUUACACAAUUAGAUGUCAACAAUGCCUUUUUACAUGGCGAUUUGUUUGAGGAGGUCUACAUGCAACUCCCACCUGGUUAUUCUGGUAAGGGGGAGCUUCCUUCCAAUGCUGUUUGCAAGCUCAACAAGUCCUUAUAUGGUUUGAAGCAAGCUUCUAGGCAAUGGUUUGCCAAAUUUUCUUCUACUCUGACAUCUCUUGGUUUUGUUCAAUCUCAUGAUGACAAUUCCUUAUUUCUCCUUACUUCAAUUCUGGACAGUAAGUUUAAACUCAAGAACUUGGGUGCUCUCAAGUAUUUUCUUGGUUUGGAAAUUGCACGGUCGCCCAAAGGAAUUUCCCUCUGUCAGCGCAAAUAUACUCUCCAAAUCCUUGAGGAUACUGGUCUUCUUGGUUGUAAACCUCAUUCCUCACCAAUGGACGCUAAUCUCAAAUUAUCUUUACAUGAAGGUGACAUGCUUCCUGAUCCUACAAUUUAUAGAAGACUUAUUGGUCAGCUUCUCUACUUGACCGUUUCUCGCCCAGACAUCUAUUUUGUGGUUAAUCAUCUCAGUCAAUUCAUGUCCUCUCCAAGAGUUCCUCACUUCCAUGCUGCUCAACGUGUGUUAGCAUAUUUGAAGUCUACUGCUGGCCAAGGUCUAUUUUUCUCCUCUGCCUCUAAGCUGCAGUUACAUGCGUUUUGUGAUUCUGACUGGGCCUCUUGUCCUGAUAGUAGGAAGUCAGUGUUCGAUUUUUGUAUAUUUCUUGGUGAUUCCUUGAUCUCCUGGAAAUCCAAGAAACAACAAACGGUUUCUCGUUCUUCUGCUGAGGCGGAAUACCGUGCUAUGGCAGUGACCACUUGUGAGAUAUUGUGGUUAUUCUCCUUGCUUCGAGAUUUACAUGCUCCUCACAAUGGACCUGCUCACUUAUUCUGUGACAGUAAUGCAGCUCUCCAUAUUGCUGCUAACUCUGUUUUUCAUGAGCGUACCAAGCACAUUGACAUUGAUUGUCACUUGGUUCGUGAGAACAUCAUCAAAGGCACACUGCACACUUUUCAUAUUCCAUCCUCUAGACAACUUGCUGAUCUACUGACAAAAGCUUUUCAUCAUUCACAUUUUCAUGCUCUUCUCUCCAAGAUGGGAGUUCUCAACAUAUACUCUCCAUCUUGA